AUGGGCUCCCGCCUCGACAAAAACUCCGAGUCGGUGCGCAAGCGCAUCGCUAGCCACCGCUUCGAGGGUGAAGAUGGAGAAGAGUACGGAGGCUCUGCAUUUGGUGGGUUCACCGACUACUUCCGGCGAAAGAAGAUCAAACUGCAAAACUUGGAUGCGGACAUCCGAGCCCAAGCGGGCGACAAGCCUCAGAUCUUCAAAGGAAUUGUGGCGCAUGUGAACGGCUACACCCAACCCUCGCUCAACGACCUGCACACACUCAUAGUCCAGCAUGGCGGAGGCUUUAUGCAAUAUCUGGAUGGCAAAACCACAGUGACACACAUUAUCGCCAGCAGCCUCACUCCGAAGAAGGCUGUCGAGUUCCGGAAAUACCGCAUCGUAAAGCCAGCGUGGGUAGUGGACAGCAUAGCAGUCGGCAAACUGUUACCAUGGAACGAGUACCGUGUGGUAGAUGAAGGCGAGAAACAAAAUGUACUGGCACUCGAUAAUGGAAGUGUCAAGGCCAAGGCAAAUGUCAGGAUUAGGGGAUAUCGAGACCAGACAGACGCCAGCUGGUACACGAGCCAGUUGGGAAGUAGCCAAGCUGGACCGCCGAGUACACCUACACCAUCCGGCACUAUGCGCUCACGCUUCUCAAAGCAAAAACAACGCCAUCUCACCCCCGAGGACGACGAUGAUAUCGAAGAUCCACCACCCUCCCAUCAGCCUGACCCACCUGUACAAGAACAGUCAGAGAAGCCUGAAAAGCCCACAACACGGCUGAAGACGAAUCCACCCACACCUUCUGUCACGACAGACAAAAAAUCGAAUGACGUAGACGACAGUCUCUACACUGAGCCAAGCCCUCCUGCUGCUCAGUAUAUGCAGCUCAAUAGUGAAGUGGAGGAGAGAGCCGAAAGACAGCGUGUUAGACCCGAUACCUCCGCGCCCAGGACUAGAGCUCUGACUGCUGAAGAGCACAACGCAAUCCUUCUCCGUGACCCAAAUAUUCGCCGGUCCACCGUUGUGGAUCCAAAUUUCCUUGAGCAGUAUUACCGAGAAUCACGCUUACACCACCUAUCUACUUGGAAGGCUGAUCUCAAGUCACAAAUGCAAGCACUCGCGGCAGAAAAGACCCCGUCACAACGAGCAAAACAAAAGCGCGUACCCGGUGCUCGGCGAUAUAUCUUGCAUGUUGACUUUGAUAGCUUCUUCGCUGCGGUUAGUUUGAAAAAAUUUCCUGAGUAUAAAGACAAGCCGGCCGUUGUUGCCCAUGGACAAGGUAGUGGGUCGGAGAUUGCAAGCUGCAACUAUCCAGCGCGCACAUUUGGUAUCAAGAACGGGAUGUGGAUGAAGCGGGCACAAGAACUUUGCCCUGACCUCAAGAUCCUUCCCUAUGAUUUCCCGGCUUAUGAACAAACCAGUCGCACAUUCUACGAGAUCAUGCUCGCUACAGGCGGCAUUGUCCAGAGUGUCAGCAUCGAUGAAGCCCUCAUUGAUGUUUCAAAUUUGUGCAUUGCGGUCGGUGGUAGCGAUGGCAAGAAACUUUCGGAGGGUAGCAACUAUCGUGAGCAAGCUAAGGCUGAAGAGAUUGCGUUAAACCUACGAGACGAAGUGAGAUCCAGGACAGGAUGCAAUGUUUCGGUUGGUAUCGGUAACAACAUUCUGCUCGCCAAGCUGGCUUUGCGCAAAGCGAAGCCUGCUGGCCAAUAUCAGAUCAAACCCGAAGAAGUGCUGGAUUUCAUUGGCCAGCUCCAAGUACAGAACUUACCGGGCGUUGCUGGUUCAAUUGGCGGUAAACUGGAAGACAUAGGCGUCAAACUUGUCAAGGACAUCCGCGAGCUUACCAAGGAGAGGCUCAUUCAAACGCUUGGUCCUAAGACGGGCGAAAGGCUCUAUGAGUAUUCGAGAGGUAUCGACCGCCAAGAAGUCGGCGAACAAGCCGUCCGCAAGUCUGUAUCUGCAGAGGUGAAUUGGGGUGUUCGAUUCGAGAACCAAGAGCAAGCCGAAGAGUUUAUCGGAAGUCUUUGCGGAGAGCUCCAAAAACGGCUGCUGAAGGGGAGGGUUAAGGGUAAGCAGUUUACGAUGAAAGUCAUGCGGCGCUCGCCGGAUGCGCCUCUGGAUCCGCCAAAGCACCUUGGACAUGGCAAAUGCGACACGUACAACAAGAGUCUCACACUAGGCGUUGCCACGAAUGCGAAGGAGCUUUUGACAAGAGAGGCCUUGGUUAUACUACGUGCCUUUGGAUUUAGUCCAGGGGAACUUCGUGGUAUCGGAGUUCAAAUGACGAAACUUGAGCCCAUGAAAACGCCUACGGAUGGUAGUAUUGCGAAUUCGCAGCGAAAGCUACAGUUCAAAGUCGGAAAUCCAGAGCCAGUGCGGGCAGCCCCAGCACUAAAUGUCAUUGAAGAGGAUCCAAUUCAGGACGGCCCAGAGACUCCGCAAAAACCCAAAACACCAUCUGCAGACAACCACAUUGCAUUUGGGGCCCAAGAGCUUAACGUAUCAACACCUUCCCGGCGUCCACUCAACACAUUGGGUACACAGUUCAUCAUCCCUACCCAGGUCGACCCCAAAGUGCUUGCUGAGCUACCAGAGAAUAUACGAACCAAGCUCUUGCGUCAAACUCGACAGUCCUCCCCUGCACCUGCAAAUAACGUGGACAUGCAUGACAAACCCGGUACACCCUCAAAAGGACUACCUUUCCCUAUGACGGCGCUUCCCGCCCAGUCUCAGUUAGACCCAGAUAUCCUCGCCGCUUUGCCUGAGGAUGUUCGUGCAGAAGUGCUCGCUGAGUAUGCCGAUAAUGACGCUCCCUUCUCCCCAUCCCGGAGACCGAGAGGCGCUGAUCAAACGAUCCUGCCCCAGUCGCCUCGCAAAAACAGGAUCAUUGGUAUUCCAGCCAAACAGCCUAUCGUGCAUGUCAAGCGAGGGAGAGGUCGUCCGCCAAGGUCAGCAAUGCUAGCCGCGGCUGCGCAGGCAACAGCCAUCAGCAAAACCGGGAAGCGGCUCACCCAGGCCAAUUUUAUAUCCCUCAAGAACCCUGCCCGAGAAAGCCCAAGCAACGACAACCCAUUCGGUAUUAGCGAUGACACCUUCGAAGCACCUAUUAUCACCAAGUCCAACAAAGACGAUGAUCUUGAUCCUGAUUUCCUUGCGGCACUGCCCGAGGAUAUGCGCAAAGAGAUCAUUGCGCAACACAAAGCUGCGAAGAUGAAUGCUUUCCGUUCUGCAGUGACAAAGAAAAUUGAAGCCCCGACAGCACCCAACCAGCCGAAACCAGCUCGAAAAAUCAAAGUUCCACGGCCUUCAAAGGCUACUUUUACCGUCAAGAAGUUAUCAGCGGAACCUGAUCUUCGGCGCGCAAUGAGAAUAUGGAUCAGUGCAUUUCAUGAUGAAGCGCCUUACGAGCAGGAUGUCGCCGCCUUGAUCAAGUACCUCAGGAAGGUGGUAAUCGAAGAGAGAGACAUGAACAAAGUAGUCAGUCUUGUGAAAUGGAUCGACUAUGUUAUCGACGACGAAACAGACGCUAAUCCAGAAUUCGCAAGGCAGCCAUGGCAAAUGUCUCUUGCUACAAUCAAAGAUGGUGUGAUGAAGGCAUGCAACGAGAAGGGAUUGGGUUCUGUGUCUUUUGGUUAG